ACAGAUGUCUCCUCCGCUCUCACACAGCCAGCAGAAGUUCGACGGGUCGGGUCGAGGUUUUUGGUGCCGUGAGUUUUUCCCGUUAAAAAUCUUUGGAAGUUCGGACUGCGUCCUCGGGAAUCGGUUCCUCCGUGGUGUCUGUGUGCGGAAUCCAUUUGCGUGUAAGAGAUAAACAUUGAUUAAUCCGGAUAGAAUCAGUUCUGCAUCGAUUCCUUUGCCCCGUUGCAAAAGUUGUGUGUGUGUGUCCUCAUUGCGUGUGCACUCUUUUUUUCUAUUUCCUGCUGCUGCCUGGCCGCGGCCCCGUGUGUGUGUUUGUGCGCCCCUGUCCGUGUGCCGUAUGUGGCAAAAUUAGAAUCAAGUCGAAAAAUCAGGUAAAAUAAAUGGUGAAAAUUGUAAGAAAAUAGUGCUCUUUUUGUGUGCAAAGGAUUAUUGACUUGAGCGGUCAAAGGGAGUUUCCAGUGGAGCAAAGAGGAAGUGGCCCACGAGGGACGGAAAGGAUGUCGAUUUUCCCUACAGCAGUGUGAUUAGGAAAGAUACGACGAGGAGGAGGAGCAGCCCCCCGAGGAGAGACGAAAAUCGUUCCGAUUUUCAUCGGACGAGGAGGCAAAAGAAAAACUAGCGCUGGAGAAGAAGAGAGCUGUGUGCGAGCUGUUGAUGCUGACUUGGACGGCGACGACGACGAUGAACUCCCGAUGAAGCAGCAGCCAUAGCUCUGUGUAGUCGUUGCUGUAGUGUGUGAAGCAGCAGCAGCAGCAGCACCACCACACCACAGGUCCCAGGCUGGUUUUUGCUUCUUGGCCUCGGUCGUGAACGUCGGAAAUGGGCCCAAGAAGUGGUCUUUGUUUUGAAACCGCCCAGAACCAACAGCAGCAGCAACAACAACAUCAACGAAGAAGAACCUAAUUUUGUGUGUGUGUGCGUGUGUCACCACGUUCCUCGAAUCGUGCCGUGUACCUGAAGAAGGAGACAGGGGAACCAAUGUUACAGGAAAGUGUAACUCGCCAAUAAAAGUGUAGGCAAAUAAUGUCAUAAAAGUGUGUUGUUUCUUAAAACUACCCACCCUCAGCCAGAGAGCAGUGUGCAUGUGCUUAAAAAGGGGGAAAUAAAAGGCAAAGAGUGGUGUAAUUCAGUGUUGGAAACCCGAGCAAAAGGAAAAGAAUGCAACAACAUCUUCAGCAACAUCCAACGGAGAGCAGCAGCAGCUGAGGAAGAAGAAAGUGUCUAACUGGUGAAAAGGAUUACCCACCCAUCGUCAUCAUAGCAGGAACGCACUGAAGCGCAGCCACCGCCGCGAGUACUAGGAAAUGAGAUGCUGGUUUUCACAACUUUAUCGGACUGAAUAGUGGCGGCCGCGGCGAGAGAGAUCGCGUUCAAGUUGAUUGAUUUGGCGUAUUAUUGGCCGAGCGCGCGCGUAAAUGCAGGCUGCCGUGGCGAGGAGUUCACAGCAUUUAGAGGCGUCCAGCAGGGGAGGAAGUCAACCGACGACGAUGCGCGCCGCCAAGUGAGAGCGCGCGCGGUCUCUUUGUGAUAGGCCUGAACGGAGUUUGUGCUCAAAAGGAUUUAGGAGUAAAACGAAAAAAAACGGAGGACGGCGCUAUGACGAGUAUUACCUACAAAACGACAACGACGACCGGGGGCGAUGCGAACUGCAUUGCCGCGGUGGCCUCGUCUUCCUCAUCGGCUGCGGUGGCCGCCGUGUCGCUCAUGUCGGACAAAUCGAUAACGGUGACGCCGUCGAGUGCGUUGCUGGCGGCUGCGGCGGCGGCGGCGGUCCACCAGAACAACAACUAUCAGAGCAAUAGCAGUAGCAGUAGUCUGUACAAUAACGACAACAAUAGCAAUAGUAGCAACAAGGCACAGUCGAGCGACAAGCUCAGCAGUAGCAGUAGCAGCGGGGUUGGGAGUGGGGCGAGUGGAACCGGCGAGGAGUACGAGCGGGCCAAGUACAAGACGCCGCAGGAAGUGAUGAUGCUGUACAUGGACAAGCUGACGCAGUACGAGCAUCACGAGAUUUACCAGUACCCGAAGAUCUACUUUAUCGGAGCGAACGCCAAAAAGCGGAGGGGCAUCAGCAACUCGGAGUACGACAACGAGCAGGGUUCGUACAUCCAUAUCGCGCACGACCACAUCGCGUACCGGUACGAGGUGCUGAAGAUCAUCGGCAAGGGUAGCUUUGGCCAGGUGGUGAAAGCGUACGACCACAAAAACCACCAGCACGUGGCGCUCAAGAUGGUGCGCAACGAGAAGCGCUUCCACCGGCAGGCCCAGGAGGAGAUCCGGAUCCUGAAGCACCUGCGGGCGCAGGACCGAAUGAACUCGAUGAACAUCAUCCACAUGUACGACUACUUUGUCUUUCGGAACCACAUGUGCAUCACGUUCGAGCUGCUGUACAUCAACCUGUACGAGCUGAUCAAGAAGAACAAAUUCCAGGGCUUCAGCAUACAGCUGGUGCGAAAGUUUGCUCAUUCCCUCCUCAAAUGUUUAGAUGCGCUCUAUAAGCAUAAGAUUAUACAUUGUGAUAUGAAGCCGGAGAACGUACUGCUGAAACAGCAGGGCCGCUCCGGCAUCAAAGUGAUCGAUUUCGGCUCGUCGUGCUUCGAAAACCAACGGGUCUACACCUACAUCCAGUCGCGGUUCUACCGGGCGCCCGAGGUCAUCCUCGGCGCAAAGUACGACAUGGCGAUAGACAUGUGGUCGCUCGGCUGCAUCCUGGCGGAACUUUUCACUGGGUUUGCGUUGCUCCCCGGCGAGGACGAAGCGGACCAGCUCGCCUGUAUCAUCGAACUGAUUGGCAUGCCGCCCAAGAAGAUCCUCGAAAACUCGAAGCGAGCGAAGAACUUCAUCUCCGCAAAAGGCUACCCGCGGUAUUGUAACGUGAAAACGCUCGAAGACGGCACCACCGUGCUAACGGGUGGCUUCUCCCGGCGGGGUAAGCUCCGCGGACCACCCGGAUCUCGUAGUUUGGUAAAGGCGCUGAACGGCUGUGACGACCCGCUCUUCCUGAACUUUAUCGAACGCUGCCUCCGGUGGGACCCCGCGCUCCGGAUGACGCCCGAAACGGCCCUCAACCACUUUUGGUUCCGUCGCCUUCUGCCCCCCCCGAACGUGGCCACCAUCACCACCACCAGCAGCCCCUCCACGUCCAACAACUGUCAAAGCAGCCAUAUAAACAAGGUCGUGCACGCCGUUCCCUUCUCGUACGCGUACGCCUCGGACCAGCAGCAGGCCUCCUCGCUGGUCACAACCACCACGUGCAAUUCGCUGGUGGCGUCCCACCACGGCAACUCCAGCUCGCUCCAGUCCCUGCAGUCGGCUUCGCUCACCUCGUCCGCCAUCAGCAUUCCAGCGGUCAGCGGCAGCGUGGGUGGUGCCAUCGGUGGAACCCUCGGCCGGUCCGCCGCCACCACCAUCAUCGAUAUUCCGUACAACCCAAACGACAAGAAAAGACUUAUCAACACCUCCCCGCAGGCGGCAUCCUCGCUGACCUCGAACCCCGGACUGGCAACUUCCUUCGUAGACUACGUGGUCGUCAUCGAGUGAUUUGAGAGGUGGUGAAACGUUUGCCGACGAUGAUACCUUUUUCGUUUCGCUGCCCUAAAGUAUAAAAACAAAAACUGACAAACUUUAUAAGUAGUAAAAAUAGUAACAAAUUGUUAUACUAUUGCGCACUAAAGACACCCUUACACGUACACUCACAAAAAAAUCAUUAAACCAAGAAAGCAGAUAAUCAAAAUUGUAUAGAAAGGCACCCACACGAAAAGAAAAAAAAGUAGGCAAAGUUUGUAGAACACGAGAGGACAAGAAGCAUGAAACGAAUAGAAAAUUUGUUGUGUAAGAAGCAGUUUUAGUAGGUUCAGCAGCAUGACGACGAUCGAUGAGAUCGAUGCAUCUUAUUGAAAGUGAAUUAAGCUAACGUAAAUAAAGGUGAAGAAAAACAAGGAGGAGAAGAAGUUUAGCAAAGUAAGUAAAACAAAAAAGGCGAAAACACACUCAUUAACUGAUAGGGAAGAGCUAUGCGACUAGCGGCAGUAAAUAAAUUUAUACUAUUUGAGGAUUAUUCUGUAAUUUAAUUUGCUCUAGUGGUUAGGUAAUCAAUUAGCAAAAUGUGAAGGAUGGAUGGCAGGAGCGACACACUGAACAAAAACACACAACACAGGCACACGAUUAGAACUUAUGACGGCGAACUUUUUCUGUUUCCGGUUGGAUUUUACUGCAUGUGACGACGACGACGGAUGAGAGCAAAAGUUGUAAAAUUUAUAACUUUGUUGAGAUAGUGAUUGAUCCCCCCCUCCCUUUUUUUGAAAAACGACUAGCGAAAUACAACAAAUAAUGCAUGAAUUAGCGAGAAAUAAAAACAAUUCACCUGAAGAGAAGAGUGUGUGCGCGUGAGCUGUGACUGAAAUAAAAAUCCAACUUGAUUUUAUGUUUCUCGUUGUACGAUUCCGCAUAAGGAAGACAAAAACAAAAUCACACAAUGAAACACAAACACAAGCGCUAAAAUAGAUAAUGGAAAAGUAAACAAAUAAUAAUCGAUUGAGAUAGUGUAAUCCAGCAAAGACACAAACUGUUUAGUAGUGGCAACAAAAAAAAACAAAAUAAUCGUUUAUAAAAAAAUAUAAAAAAUAAAAAAUCAUUGUUAGAAUGAACAAUUGCGAGGAAACAACAACAAAAAAUAAGGCUGUUAAAUGCGCGCAUAUCGAUUGCAAUUACAAAUAGAGAGAAACGUACAGAAAACAAGAAAAAAAAAUCAAGCUGCAAAUUGUUUCGAACUUAUUUUGGGCAUGAUUGCGUGUUUUAGAA